AUGGCAAAUAACGAUGAAGAGAGACCAAAGGAGAUACUUCCGCCUGAUUGUCUCUAUGAAAUAUUUAAGAAACUUGAAGACGACAAACAAACACUUUUUCGAUGCAUGCUGGGGAAUCGUGAAUGGUGCUGUCAGAUCGUUCCAAUUCUUUGGAGCUAUCCAUUUAGGUCUUUGUCUUCUGAAUCACAAAUUUUAAUCGUUCCUUCAUUCAUAAAUUGUCUGAAUGAGCAAGAAAAGAUCUCCUUGGUAAAUCUGGGCAUUCCAUUAAAAGCAUCAAAAAGAUCGCGUCCGGUCUUUGAAUACAGCACCUUCAUCAAAGAAAUUGACGUCGAGAAACUAGAGAAUUCCGUGGAAAAAUGGCUAAAGUUAUCUUUUACGCGAGAGCCUGAAGCUGGUUUAUGGAACAAAGUCAUCUCUGUAUCAAAGAAAUUCUUUCAAUUGAUCUUCCGUACUUCAACGGCCUUCGAAAAUCUCCACAUUGAGAAGACCAAAGUCAUUUCAUACAUUCCUGAUUUCACGAUGUUUCCAAAUGCGCCAAAAGCACUAGCUCACUUGAAAAAAUUCAAGUAUUGCGGGUGGCAGGGAAAUUAUUUACACAAAGAUCUAUCGAAUGUGACGGAGCUACUCACCGCAAUGAAAUUAAUGACCCGAGAUCUGGAAUCGAUAGAAGUCGAUUUUCAAAACAUCAACAAUAUAAAUGCUCAAAAAUUAACCGAUCUUGUUAGCUUACAAAAUUCGCUCCAAUAUUUCAAAUUUAUUAAUCUACUUGAUCAAUAUGGGGAAAUUCUGAUGCCGGGAUUGAGAGAGAAGCAAGGGAAAAAUAUUAAAACAUUAUUCUUUGAUUCAUUGCAUUUUUACGUAGAAGAAUCAACGUAUCUUGAACACUUGGAGUAUUUCAACGUGCUCGAAACGCUUAUUUUCGAAGAUUGUCAAGCUGAUGUGGAAUCCGAUAUUGAAUCAUAUGAAUGGUGGAUGUCGCUCGCAAGAGGGCCAAUGUCAUUGAAACGGCUUUACUUUAAUGUGAAACAUUUGAAUGGACAAGUUUUGAUUCCAAUUAUUUCUCAUACCAAAGGAAACUUGCAAGAAUUAAUAAUUCGACAAGAAUGUUCCGCUAGCUUAUUCAAUUCAAUUAACGAGACAAGUCGUAAUAUUGUCUCGUUAUCUGUGGUGAUUGAUGGCUCGGCUGUUAAUUCCCUGCUGAAUGCAUUGGUCGGGCUGAGACAACUUGAACAACUCAUAAUUCGACAAUCGCUUGAUGGUGGAACCCCAAUCUCUCUGGAAAUUUGGCCUAAAUUAGCGAGGAUUUUGCCCAAAAGUCUGAAUUAUUUCUUGGUCGAUUUCAAUGAGUUCAGCGCAGACUCGUUAGCUAUCUUCUUACAGACACGAGAAACACCAAUUCGACAAAUUGGAUUUGGUAAUGCUGAUGUGUUUGGGAGUGGACAUUUGGUCGUGAUAAUUUACUACGCGAGAGAGAAAUCUAUUGUGCGGAAAGUUGGCUUUAGCACGCGUUCCCAUCGUUUUCAAUAUUCUCAUUUUAAUCGCGAGAUCUUGUCGAAAGCCAAAGAAUACAUUGAAUUCGUUGACAUUAUUGAAUUUGACAGAGAUCCGAAUUCCUUGGGAAUGAGAUUCUAA